CAUUUGAAGAAGAUUAAGUGAAGUUGGUGUUUUCGUUACGUAUUCGUAAUUCGUAUUCGUAAACACGUUUCGAAAUGGAUGGCCUGUCAUCUAUGCAGACUCUUGAAGCACUCUCCUCCUUGUUGUCAACACGGGACGAAAACGACGAUGACGAAGAUCCCAAGAUUGUACAGGCGUCAGCUAAACUGGGUCCCGGCAAUAUAGGUCCUCCUGCCUCUUCAGUCAAACCGAUCAAAGAAGCCACCUCCACGUAUGACAAGCAGAACAGCAAAGCCAUCUGGGACGAGGACGAGGUUCCUGAGGGGGCGCAGUUUGAUGACCUCACCGAUCCACGGCCUGAGCCUGAAUAUGAGAUCAUCCUGAAGCAGAGUGUUGGUACAGAGGACCUGUUUUUGGGCAUGAGCCGUAAGGACCCCUCUUCUAUGUGCUGUGAAGGCAUGCUGGUGAGGGUGAAGCUGCCCGGCACCAAAGCCAGUGAGGUGGUCCUGGACGUCAAAGAGACAUUUCUGGACCUCCGGACGCCGACGCAUAAGCUCGGCCUGCACCUCCCUCACCCGGUGCACCGUCAGGAGGGAAAGGCUCGCUUCAUCACAGAGAAGGAAGAGCUGGAGAUCACCCUGCUCCUGAAUCGACCCAUGGACUGCAUCAACCGGGCCUGAUCGAGACGGAGAGACACACACAGACAGAUGGGGAGGGGCAGAGAGAGAGAGAGAACGAGAGAGAGAGAGA